AUGCCGUCUGCUUCAUCAAAUCUAAUCGCCUCCGCAGAGCUGAUAUCCCAAGGGGCUGAAGCUAAAGUGUACAAAGCACAUAUACAUUCUGAUACCGUGCCGAUCCUUGUAAAACACCGAUUUCGGAAGGGAUACCGUCAUCCGACGUUAGAUGCUUCCUUGACGCGAUCACGCGUAGCAGGUGAGGCCAGAGCGUUGCUGAAAUGUCUCCGCGCAGGCGUAAACGUGCCUGGGAUUCGGAUGGUGGAUGCCACCGAAGGCAUAUUGGGGAUCGAAUGGAUAGAGGGGAUGUGUGUGAGGAAAUUACUCCCUGGUGGUGCGGAGGCCGAGACGGAGCUUUCUGAUGCCGACGCUGUACCGUUUACUGGUGUUGACGCGCUCAUGGGCUUGAUUGGAACGGAGAUUGCGAAGAUGCAUCUAGCGGGCAUCAUUCACGGCGACCUAACGACAUCGAAUAUGAUUCUAGAAUCCUCGCAAUCACCUCGACUGGUGCUCAUCGAUUUCGGGCUUUCCUAUCACUCAGGACUCGUGGAGGAUAAAGCCGUCGACCUCUAUGUGCUAGAACGGGCGUUCGCUUCCACCCAUCCUGACUCUGAACCGAUGUUUUCUUCUGUUCUGAAGGCCUACGAAGUUAGGAUGGGAAAACACUGGGCUUCCGUGUCAAAACGUUUGGAUGAUGUGCGACUCAGGGGCAGGAAGCGCAGCAUGGUGGGAUGA